CGGACACAGGCUGACGUGAGAUCGGCGAGGUAUCAAGCGCGAUCGUCAGCUUCUAAGCGAACAUCCCUCCGAGCUAGGAGCUAGGCGGCUUGUCCACCUCUCGGUCUUCAGCACCAGGAUUGAGGAGCCAGUCUUCGGGACAGCAACUUCGAUCACGUCCUUCUGCAUUUCCUCUCGACUGCUCACCCUUGCAAGUGCUGCAAUGUCGUCGCGCGCAGCUUCCAUCAGCGAGCCUUCGGGCGCCGCAACCUCGCCUCGAGGGCAACACGCCAUGCUCGCAUCCCCUUCUCAAGCCGAGCAGCAUUUGGCUCAGCUGCUCGGCGCCGGCACACCCUCCUUCGCACUUGCCUCUGCACGAGCAAUAAGUGGAUCAAGCACUCAGCCAACUCCGGGUUCAAGUCGUGAUCGUACUCCAGUCAGCGGCGGUGGAACCUCUGGUGCCAGCUCGCCCGCUCUGCUCGCUAUGAAUCUUCCUGGCAAGCCUGCUCCAGCACUCUCCCGACCUGCCAACUCGAGUCUGUCUCCGACUGGGGCCAUCAGCGGAGAAGAUGUCAGUGGAUCCAGCUCGCCCGUGAUGUCGGGACGCAGCACGCCGUCGCAAGCGCGCUCAUCUAGCAAGUCUCAAGUGCUAGAGACUCACCGGCUUCAGCUCCAGACGCAUACCAGUGGACGACGAAUGAUCAACCAGUACAUCAUCGAGGGCGAACUGGGCAGAGGCGUCCAUGGCAAGGUCCGUCAAGCGCGAGACACGGAGACUGGCGAGCGCGUGGCAGUCAAGAUUGUCGAGCGCGAAGGUAGAAAGCGCUUAGGAGCCAGUCAGUCAGGAGUGCUGGGCCGACCCAAGGUAGACGACUGGAAGGGCAAGUCAAGUGAUCAGACCGAGCACAUGGCGUCUCAAAGUCCGCCCCUAGACCGUGCUCCGAAGCUCGCGCCAGAGUCACCCCUAGCAUCCCCCCGAAGCGGCCCUCAGACACGCUUCGCCUCGACGCCACCGGGGUCUCCUAGAGCCUCGAACCAGAAUGCUGCCCUUGCAGCGAGACAUGGGCGCUGGGGUGAAGGCGGCAUGAGCCGCGCUGCCAUGGACAAGGAAGUUGAGCGCGAUCGCGAGAAGGCGCGAGAUAAGGCUCGCAAGCAGCUGUUGUGGACUACGGACAAGAAGGUCAAGAGGGAGAUAGCACUUAUGAAGAAAUGCUCGCAUCCCAAUGUCGUUCGCCUGAAGGAGGUCAUAGACGACCCGCAAAGCAAGAAGGUCUUCAUGGUGCUCGAGUUCAUGGCGGGCGGCGAGGUACUUUGGAAGGAUGAUCGCGGCUUUCCCACUUUGACUGUCGCCGAAUCACGAAGCAUCAUCCGAGACGUUGUCUUAGGCCUGGAGUACUUGCACUAUCAGGGCAUCAUCCAUCGCGACAUCAAGCCUGCCAAUCUGCUCUGGGAUGAGGAUCGCCGCGUGAAAAUUUCAGACUUUGGCGUCUCUCACUUCAGCUACGCUCUCCUCGUCGCUAGCGGCGGUCUGCCGAGCUGGGAUGGGGACGAGCAGAGAGCCAAGGAUCCAAGUCUCAUCGACGAUCACGAGCUCGCAAAGACCGCGGGCAGCCCUGCAUUCUUUGCGCCUGAGCUGUGCUUGGCUGGGGAAGCGCAGCCGACAGCCACGUCUUUAGAAGGGCGCAUGAGCCAGAUGCGAACUCAUACGCCCAAAGUCGAAGACCAAGCCAAAAGUCCACGAAGGGAAGGCAGCUUGAAGGAAUUUCCUUGGGAAGAGUACGCUGAGAAAGAAGCACGCGCCGCUCCGCUGCGCAGGCGACCGAAGAUUACGAAAGCCAUCGACGUCUGGGCGCUGGGAGUCACGCUGUACUGCCUUCUUUUCGGACACCCGCCGUUCACCGCAGACAAUGAGUUUGCACUCUUCACAGUCAUCCCGAGCGAGGAUUACGAGCUGCCGGCUUUCGCGGGAGCGGACCGCUUGCGCAUCGGGCCUCGCGCGAGCCGUUGGCAAGCUCUGCCGCACUGGACUGAUGAAGAGGGAGAUGUGCAGCCGGAUGGCAGGGAUCCGCGAGAAGCCGAUGUAGGGCCUGCUGCGCUCUCUGAGGACAUGCGAUCGCUGCGCGACCUCCUCGAUCGUUUGCUGGAAAAGGAUCCGGAGAAGCGUAUCAAGCUGGAGGAGGUCAAAAAGCAUCCAUGGGUGGUUCGCGAUCUCAACGACGCUCCCGACUGGCUUCACAAGACAGAUCCCACGCACCACCCUUUUGUGAUUGUGACGCACGAGGACAUGGAAGAUGCGUUGACUGGUUACUCGAAGUUGAAGCUGCGCAUGAAGCGGUGGCAGUCAAAAAUCAUCGAGACACUCGGUGGAGGAAAGGCGCGCUCUAGAAGCUCAUCACACUCGCAACCUUAUGGUCGCCCUCAUGCCGUGCCGCUCAUUACAAGCGGGGAUAUCCGUAGUGGAAAGGGAACACCGAACACUGCCAGCAGCGCCAUGUCCCCUACUCCUUCUGAUUUCGGCGUUGCACAAGGCCACCCAGUGCGUCAGCACGAAGUGCCUGCAGAGCACGCAGCCAGCCGCAUGGUCACCUUACUCAGGCGACAAUCUGCUACACUGGACCGCGAAACGGAGACCGCUGAAUUUGCUGGACUCGGUCACGAGCUUACGCGUGGCAGUCGCGACAAAAUGGCUGGCACUCGCAGCCAACCGGGCAGUCGUCCCAGCUCUCCGCGGACAUCGCGCAAUGCUCUGUCAGCCCUGUAUAACAGCGGCAAUAGCGAAACCACCACGAACACUGGCAAUGCAUCUUGGUCGCAUAUGGCGAGACAAGCGAUCGCCCCGUCAGACGCUGCGAGUCUGCUCCGAAGAAUCUCCGCUGCUCAAGGCACAGCAGAACACACCUCUCGCUCUCCUCUACGACCUGCCAUACUUCGGCGACGCUCCACCAGUAGAUCGACGAAGACGGAGCGCAGCCCAGUGCCUCCUACCUUCAAUCGCUCCUCGUCGGAGUCACAGCGAAGCGACAUGCUCUUGCGCAGCAGCGGAAUGGCGCUGCCGAGUACAAUCGCAACCGAAGAUGAGCAGACGAGGUCCUUUAGCCGUGCAUCCCGCAGAUUCUCCAAAGGUGACUCCGGGGCAGGAUGGCCAUCUCGUCUCCACCAUAACACACAGACCGGAGCGAUCGGCGCAUCGCGCUCUUCUGGUGACUCUCGCCGGCCGAGCAGCUUGCGAGCACCACCCGAUCAGCUCGCCAUGCGACAGAGCAGCCGCUCCCGCAUCGGGGACAUCUUCCGCAAAGCUUGGCAUGGCCAGGGAUUAGGCCACGUGCCGGGCCAUGCGAAUGCUGCGCAGCGUCCUGACAACGACACCACGUCUUUGGCUUCUAGAAAGCCAGUGCGCAGCCGGAAGAGCUCUGCGCGCCCUAGGGACAUGCCUCAGGAUCCUGCCAGCCAAGAAGCUUCUCUCGCAAACGGCUCAUCAGGAGAUUUGAAAAUCGACACGGCAGGUGCUGCCAGCGCCGCGGGCCCUCAUCCCCCGUUUGAUCAGCCUGUCAGCGCCCCACUCCUCACGCGCCCGUCAUUGUCUGACCACCAUUCUCAUUCCCCUGGCGUCGGUGGAAACGGGGCAGGUUCGCCCCGCUUCCAUCUAGCGUCCACAAUGAGCUCUCCCAUCGCCCCCAGGGUAGAGCUAGACGACGUUGAUCUUGAUCUAGAGCUUUCCGACGACGACGACGACGACGAUGUGCUGCAUGCGCGCACGCGGACUUCCCUGCAACCACGUGCUUCAUACCUACGCAAUGAUGGGCGAGGCUGGGUGAUGCAUCCCGCGCAGGGUCAGUCCGAUACAGGGCGGCCAACAAAUCUUUCGGGCGAUUCAUCGACCUCUGCAGAGGUGUCUGGUGGAGCGUCGUCCGGUUCCGAAAGUCCACCAGCAGCUUACGCCCACAGCUUGACGCCUUCUGUGGAAGGUGGCUACAACUUGUUCAAGCCGCCAUACAUAGGCGCGCGGGAUGCUACAGGAUUGGGAUCGACUCUGAGCCCUUCUCCGGUGUACAGUGCGGAGGAAGGGGAAGCUGGCGCAAAUUCGGCUGCUCAUGCCCAGGUCGGUCCCAGUGAUCGUUCGAAUGCAGCUGCUCAUCGUCGCGGCGGGUCGUUCGCGCCAAACACCAAGCCAAAUUUGGCUCACGCGGAGACACACGCCCGCGAUGCGCAUCUAGUAGACGAGUCACUCAGCAACGACGACGAUCGCUUCGCCGAUGCAGAUGAGACAGACAUCUCGCUGAGCCAGCAACGUCGCAUACUCGCUCCGGUCUCACCGGGCGAGGACGAGGAGGAAGAAGGGUUCAGCUUCGAUGUUGGUCACAGCAAGCAAAGCCGGCCCUGAGGGUUGCGCAUCGCGUCUUCUUGCUGCUCCUGUGCGUCUCUGCAUGCAUUUUCAAUUGUCGGAGAUGCCCAUGCACACUCCUUGUAAACCUUAAUCGUCUUUACAGCUCUAUAGGCAAUGUACUCUCUCAGACACAGAAGU